AUGAAUCGGAGCAGCUUCCUUGUUGUCUUUAUUACUGUUCUUUUGCUUCCGAUCUCAACAGUCCCAGCGAGAACCCGGCAGGGCAAGCACGUACAUCAUGUCAACAAAAACAAUGGAGCUGGCAAACUGAAACUGAAGUUCUACCAGAAGAGCUGCCCACUCGCAGAUGCCAUAGUGAGGAACAUUACAUGGAGCAGAGUUAAAGCCGACCGUACCUUGGCUGCUAAGAUCCUGAGGCUCCAGUUCCACGACUGUUUUGUCAGGGGUUGUGAUGCAUCCAUCUUAUUGGAUUCUGUUAAUGGCGAGGCUGUGGAGAAAAAUGCCAUCCCAAACCACUCUCUCUCGGGAUAUAAUGUCAUUGAUGAGAUAAAGUCGGAGCUCGAGGAGAAAUGUCCCGAGACAGUCUCAUGCGCCGAUAAUUUAGCGCUUGCAGCUCGGGAUGCGGUGUCUUACCAGUUUGGAAAGACCCUAUGGAAAGUGUUCACUGGGAGGAGAGAUGGGAGAGUGUCAUCUGCUUCUGAAGUUUUGAGCAAAAUUCCAGGGGGAGCAUCAAACUUCACCACACUCCAAAAACAGUUCUCUGACAACGGCCUCGAUGUCCCGGACCUUGUCGCUUUAUCUGGUGCCCAUACCAUUGGGGUGGCACGCUGCGUUGUGAUCUCCAGAAGGCUCUUCAAUUUCACUGGGAAGGGCGACACCGACCCUUCGCUCGACCCAGGAUACGUGAAAGAACUGAAGGAGAAAUGUGCCAACCCUCCCCACAAUCCGACAACCACGGUAGUCGAGUUUGAUCCGAAGAGCUCUCUCUCUUUUGACAGUCACUAUUUCGUCGCCCUAAGCAAGCAUCAGGGCCUUCUUCAAUCGGAUGCGACCUUGCUCACCAACCCGACAUCGGCUUCUUACGUGAAAGCUUUUCAGAAUUUCGAAGAUUUUAUGGCUCAGUUCGGGGAGUCUAUGAAGAAGAUGGGAAACAUAGGAGUUUUGACCCAAAACCAGGGAGAGAUCAGGAAGAAUUGCCGAGUUGUCAACUAA